GCCCCAAACGCGUAGAACGUAACAUGCAUGGGGGAUCCAUAUUAAUGGCUUCUUCAUUCCACUUGCUUAUUUCUUAUAACUUUGAGGAUUUCAUUUAUCUACUAUAUAAGGGAAUGUUCAGUUCAAUUGACUGAGAUAACCACAAGACAUACAAAGAGACGAUACAUUACGGUUAUUUCUCUAGGCUCUAGCUAGGGAUGGGGCUUAAGAGUGUUACUUGUUUGAUUCUUUCUUUGGUUUUGCUUAAUUUGGGUGUCGAAUGUGUUCUUGGAGAUAGAUCUGUGGUCGGGCCUGCGAGGUAUAGAGAUGAUGAUUGUAGGUGGGGCCGGAGGUGUGGUGGACGUGGCCGGUUUGGACGCGGUGGUGGCAGAGGGUUUGGUGGUGGGGGAGGUUUAGGCGGUGGGGGUGGUUUAGGCGGUGGUGCUGGACACGGUGGGGGGUUUGGAGCCGGAGGAGGAGGUGGCGGUGGUGCCGGUGGAGGAAUUGGUGGUGGAGGCGGAGCUGGGGGCGGUGGAGGUGGAGGUAUUGGCGGCGGUUCUGGUCACGGCGGUGGGUUUGGAGCUGGAGGAGGUGUAGGCGGUGGGGCUGGUAUAGGCGGAGGAAUUGGUGGUGGUGGUGGAGCCGGUGGAGGAGGAGGUGGGGGUGUUGGGGGAGGAUCCGGACACGGUGGAGGUUUUGGAGCCGGAGGAGGAGUUGGCGGUGGUGCCGGUGGAGGAAUUGGUGGUGGUGGCGGAGCUGGGGGUGGUGGAGGCGGAGGUAUCGGCGGCGGUUCUGGUCAUGGUGGUGGGUUUGGAGCUGGAGGAGGUGUAGGCGGUGGGGGUGGUGUAGGCGGAGGAGUUGGUGGCGGUGGUGGAGCCGGUGGAGGAGGAGGUGGUGGUGUUGGGGGAGGAUCUGGACACGGUGGAGGUUUUGGAGCCGGAGGAGGGGUUGGAGGAGGGGCUGGCGGAGGUGGUGUGGGCGGUGGAUCCGGUCACGGUAGUGGUUUUGGAGCUGGAGGAGGAGUUGGAGGUGGUGCCGGAGGAGGACUUGGCGGUGGUGCCGGAGGUGGAGGAGGACAUGGUCUUGGGGGAGGUCAUGGAGGAGGAGUCGGCAUUGGGAUUGGGAUAGGAAUAGGUGUUGGGGUUGGUGGAGGCUCCGGUCAUGGUUCCGGCAGCGGAAGCGGUGGUGGUGGGGGUCGUCAUUAA